GAUUGGAUGGUGUUUCAUCUAUCAUCUGGAUCAUCAACUAAAAAGGCAUCACUAUCUAAGAGAACUAGUAACAGACGAGGAGCAGUUGGCACAGUUUUGUUAUGAUUUGAUGAUCGUAGGCAAAAUGUGGAAAGAGUGCUCAUAAAAAUUUGAAUAUUUCUGCAAGCGGUAGAAAUUAUCGAUGCAAUAUUUACAUCGUAAUGUGCAUUCAUAUAAAAUAGUGCUUCCUCCCCCCGGAUUAUGUUGAAGUAUUAACUGAUCGUUAAAUUAUUAAGUGAUAAAAGUACAUAAUUCAAAAUAUAAAGAACUGUAUUUAUCUGUUUAUAAUGUGGAUUGUGUUUUUUCUAUAUGGAUUUCUUUGGUUGGUAUACACGGUAAGAGGAGAAGAGAUGAAUUUAAGUGAUAGUGAUAUCCCAACAGAUUAUAAACUGAAUACUGUAAAUGAAGAUGAUUACUACGAGAUAGCAACUGUGGCUAGUCGGUCUUAUAACAAAAGACGGCCGUAUACGAAUCCAAUGCCUGAAUGUGCAGCACAGCAAGUUUGUAAUGCUGUAUUUAUGAGAUUAAAAUUUAUUCAGCCACUAUGUAAAUGUCCUAAUGGUAUGAAAAAUCCAUGUUCUACACGAAUGCAUCCGAAUGACGGCCAUACAAUCAAUUUAUUAGCUGAUCGAGAUGGACAGAAAACACAAACUUUAGUAAAAGUAUGUGAAGAGGUAAAUUUAGUAAGGCCUUGUAACGAACCUCACGACUGGAUGCUUCUAGCCCUACAGAACAUUAGAACGGGAAAAGCUCAGUAUUUAGUUGUCUGCAAAUGUCCUACUUUCGGAAUAAUGGAGGGUCCAGUUCUACAUACACAACCACCCUAUGCUCGAAUUCCUGGUAUAAGUGUGUAUGGAAUGUUGUGCAUUCAGGGUCGUAAAAGCAGACUUCAGAAAGGAAAUUAUCCACCGAUACCAUGGGACAAAGUUACAGAAGUUUAUAACGCAACUGGACCAAGGGAAACACGAUUUAAGAGAACUAUUUUCAGAUAGAACUAUUUCAAGGCAAAUAUUUCCUAAUCUGAUUAGCUUCAACUUAUAUAUAUUAUAUUUAUAAAAGUUGCAUAAGGCAAAAGUGUCUGUUGGGGAGAAUAUUAACACAUUAAGAAUGAGGACUAAAAGAGGCUUUGUGUAAAAGUAAGAAAACUCUUAAGAAAUUUUCUAAGUAAUAAAAUAUCACCAAAAUAGAAACAAAAUUUACACGGUGAAUUCAAAAGGCUGUUUAUCUUCAUUUACUGCACACCUGUCUAAAUUGUAGUUGCUUUUUUUUAAAAAGAAAAAUAAUAAUAAUAAAUAUAGAGUGUAUAACUAGCAUUUUGAUGAUUAACAACCCAAAAUUCAGCUUAGAGCUCACUCUGCUCCUGAUCAGAAAAAGUUCCUAUUAUAUGUGAUCUGAUCUAUCAUUACUUAGCUCUGUAUAAUUAAUAGUAAAAGAUUUAAAUUUUUAUAAAAAUGGCAAUAUUAAAAAUAAAGUAAAAGCUAAGCAUACCCUUGAAAUUUAGACAUUCCUUUGAAAUUUAGAAUAACAUGCUGUUUAUUCAAAUUGAAAAAAGAAAAACAUUGGUUAGGGGAUUGCAAAACUUCAACGAAUAAAACUAGAAGCAAAAAAAAAAAUUACUCCUCUUUCAUUUUCUAAAAUAAUAUUUUUUAAGUUCCAUCGAACAUAAUACUAUUAAAAUGAUCAUAAUAUAAUCAGCAUAACAUUAACUGCUUUAAAAACAUUUUAACAAAAUUUACAAUACUGUACACAUAAAAAGUGAAAUGUUAUUGCUAGAAAAUAAAGUAAAAAGAAUAUGCGUGUAAACUAAAGAAUGAUCAUCCUGUAUAUAGUACCAUUAAGAUUAACAUAACUCUAUUUAUCAACAAACAUGCACAAAUACAUGUCACAUACAUAAGCAUUCUAGCACAAACACAUUAAGAUGCUAUCAUUUAAUUUAUUAACUAUGCAAUGAUUCAAGUUCUCUGAGGAAAAGAGAUAUUAAAAAAUAUGAAAAUGAGCAUUCAUUUUAUUUAUAAGUAGAUUAGAUUGCAUAACUUUUUAUUGUAUUGAUUGUCACUUGUCUUUUUCAUUGAUGUCAUGUCUUUUCUAAAUAAAUUACGGUACAUAUUGCUUA